AUGAAUAAAAUGAAGAAAACGGAAAAUAUAAAUUCAUCAGGCGCACAUAAAAAUAUUAACGAAGAGCGGCUAUCUUAUGUUAUGACAUGCUUACUAGGAAAUGAAGUGAAUGUUUAUAUGAAGGAUGGUAAAGAGAUUAAAGGUUUAUUUCAUGCAUAUAAUAUAACAGGAAAAAAUGAUAAGAAAGAGAUAGAUAUAUCAUUAAAUCAUACUCGUAUAAUACCCAAAAAUGAGAAUUCAAAUGGUCCAAUAAAUAAAUCAAUGAUUAUUACAGAUAAUUUAUAUACUACAAUUAUAGGUGAAAAUAUUAAUAUGAAUCUAAAAGACCCUGAUAAUUCUAUUUAUUCAAAGGAUAUAUUUAAAAUAGAUGCAGAUAUAUCUGAACAUAAAAAAGGAAAAUUAAAUGGACAUACAAAUAAUCGUGAAUUAAAAAGAUGGGUAGGUGAUAAUGAUAUUGGUGAUGAAACAAAAUUAAAAUUAGAUGAUAAAUUAAAUGAGCCUUGGGAUCAGUUUGAACAUAAUAGAAAAUUAUAUGGAGUUACAAGUACUUAUAAAGAAGAAAUAUAUACAACCAAUUUAGAUAUAAAUAAAAUUCCACAUCAUGUAAAAAUACAAGCAGAUAAAAUAGCUAAAGAAUUAGAAAAAAGAGGUAUGCAUUUAGACCCAGAAGAUCAAGAAAAGAAUAAUAAUGACAUAGAUGAAGAAGAUUUAUUUGGAGCCGUUAGGCAGAAUAAAGAUAAAUUUUUUAAAAAUAAUAAAUUCAAAAAAGAAGAUAAUAAAUAUAAAAAUUAUCAGGGCAAAUAUCACCAUGUUAAUGUUAAAGAUUUAAAGGAAAAAUUGCAACUCGUCAAAAGGGAAAACGAAAAAAAAUAUCCAAGUACGACAAAUAAACAAAAGCAAAUAAAUUUUACAGUAUCUUCAUCCAUUGAAGAAAAUAUUUGCGCGAAUAAAAAAAAUAAGGUCCCUUCAAAAAAAUCAGUGAACAAAAAUUCGGAAUUUAUCGGUAUUAACGCGUUAAAUUUGGAACCGGCCCUGCCAAAACUUGAUGAAAAAACACGAACGGAAUGGAUAAUGUUUAAAAAUCAGACAAAAAAUAAAGCAUUACAUAAAAAAGACAAAACAACAGAAAAACAAGAAUUUAUCACGGCAUCGAAAGAAUUCAAUGAGAAAUUAACGUAUAAAAUGAAUUUAAAUAAAAAAGAUGCGAAUAUAAGAACAAUAAAAGACCAUUCAGGAAUGAAUCAGCCAGCUGUUGAUUGUCAAAAAAAUAUAUCCCAUAUAGCAGAGAAGACAAAAAAUAACAACGCAAAUGAUCCAGAUGAAAAUAAAAUUCAAGCAAAAGAAAAUGUACUAAAUAAUAAUAUGAAUAUAAAUAAUAACAAUUUUAAUAUUAUGUUAAAUAAUAGUAAUAUACGUCCAUAUGAUGGAUAUGUUAUGAAUAUGAAUAAUUAUAUUAACGCAAAAAAUAAUAUAUUAGGCCCUAAUAUUGACUAUUAUCCAAAUGUACCCAUAUUUCCUGAAUCACAAAAUCAAAUGUUCCCAUACGCAGAUCCGAACAUUUGUAAAAAUGGAAGAAUGAGACCAAUAUAUCCACACAAUCAUAUGGAAAGUUUUAAAUCCUGUUAUCGCAUAAAUCCUCCAUUUUUUCCUCAAAACAUAAAUAUAGAUAUGAUGUUAAAUAAAUUCCAGAAUUCAGUGAACCAGACAACGAAAGAUCCGAAUUUUUUAAAAUUGUCAAACGAGUUGUGCCAAUUUAACGUGAGAAAAGAAGAGGCUAAUCCCGUUGGUCUUAAUUCCUUCAUGGGUAAUAUACUUAGAUGUUCAACGACAGAAGAUUGUGCACUUAGUCCAUUUAAAUUUGAUUGUUAUCAAAAUUUAAGUUAUAAAAAUAUAUUAGGAGAAUUACCAGUAAAUAGUGUAUCAAAUAAUUAUGAAACAUCCAAUAAUAUUUCAAAAAAUAUGCCAGUACAGAACAUUUCCAACACAUUAGUAAAUUUACCUUAUAUUCCUAUGAUACCCCCUAAUAUUACAACUGUUACAACACAAAAUAAUAAUAAUAGUAAUAAUAUUAAUAAUAAUAAUAUGAAUAAUAACAGCAAUAUUAAUAAUAACAACAAUAUUAUUAUUAAUAAUAAUAAUAAUAAUAAUAACAACAAUAAUAAUAAUAAUAAUAAUAAUAUGAACAAUUCAGGAUAUAUGGAAAAUUCAUUAUACUAUAAUCCAUAUAUGCGUAAUUAUUUCUCCCAUCAUAAUAAUAACAAUUCUCUUCAUUUAAGUUCAAAUAAUCCAUACUUUUUUAAUUUGCCCUCAACAAAUAUGGAUACGAAUUUUAACACAAAUAAAAACAUGAAUAUAUAUCCUAUGAGAAAUCCACAUGUUGUACAAAAUAAUCAUAUGAAUUUUCCUCAUAUGCAUUCUUAUAUGCAUUCGAAUAUUAAUUAUGCAAUUAAUAAUAAUUCGAUUAACCUUAUGGCUAACCCAAAUAUCGCAAAUACAAAUAUGAAUGUUCCUGGAACUUUUCCUCCUGAUUUUCUUCUAAUGAAUGCACACAAAUAUGUAAAUUCACAACCAGUCCCUAUGCCUUUUUUCCCACAAGUACCAUAUCCUAAUUAUUAUGCUUCUUCUCACGGUAUGAGCCCCACAUGA